AUGGCCACACACUCUGAUGGAAUCCUUGCCUCAGUUUCUGGUGUCAGCACUCCCGUUGAAGCUAACGGGCAUGCUGUCAAGAAGGUUGUCAAAUCCCUUCCAGCAGACUUCUACACGCAGUUUUUGUCCGACGCUGCCAAAGAACUGAAGCCCAGUCCCAUUCGUGGGUUGUUCCCAUUGGAAAACAAGCCAGGCGUGAUAUCGCUCCUAGCGGGAAAACCCAACGAUGCCAUGUUUCCGUUCAAAUCAUUAUCUUUCAACAUUGUCUCCCCUUCGGAUCCAUCGCAGGAACAGUCAAUCUCGUUAUCUGGAAAGGAUCUUUCGGUUGGCCUGCAAUACGGCGCUACUGGCGGUCUUCCUCGUCUCUUGCACUGGUUCAUGGGAUUGCAAGCGCUCUCUCAUGGUCGCAAAUCAGGCGAAGGAUGGAAUAUAUCCAUUGGCAGUGGUUCACAGGACUUGAUUUAUAAGGCGGUCAACGCUUUAGUGAACCCCGGAGAUUCUGUCCUCGUGGAGUCUCCAGUGUAUGCUGGUGUCAUCCCAAUGUUUUCAACUCUACACUGCGAGCAGAUCGAGGUGGAAACAGACGCGGAUGGGGUGUGUUCUCAUUUGUUACGCGAUAUCUUGGAGAACUGGCCUGUCGGAAAGCCGAAGCCGAAGGUCUUAUACACGGUACCCUACGGUUGCAACCCCACCGGUAUGACAGCGACCCUUGAGCGUCGCAAGGAAGUAUUACGGCUUGCACGUGAACAUAAUUUCUUGAUUCUCGAAGACGAUCCCUACUUUUACCUGUACUUUGGAAAAGCCGCUCGGCCGCUUUCAUACUUCCAGCUGGAACUUGACGAGCCUGAGGUCGGCCGAGUUCUCCGGUUUGACAGCUUCUCCAAGAUUCUCUCCGCAGGCAUGCGCAUGGGCUUUGCGUCGGGCCCGAAGCCUCUCAUUGAUGCCAUUGACUUGUAUACUGGAAUGGCCAACCUACAAGCCUCAUCACUCAUCCAGGCUAUCACACUCGCACUGGUUGAGGAAUGGGGCUACGACAAUUUCUUUGCCCAUACGCGGGCUGUUGCCAACUUCUACCGCGAGAAGCGUGAUGUGUUCGAGUCUGCUCUGAAUGCGCACCUCGGUGGACUUGCGGAAUGGUGUACCCCUGAAGCGGGCAUGUUUUUCUGGUUCAAGCUCCUUCUUUCACCAAAUCAAACACCCGGCGUAGAUGAGGGUGACUCAGAAGACCUCAUACGAACUAAGGCAUAUGAGGGUGGUGUGCUCGCACUCCCUGGUACUGUCUUCCUUCCCAACGGACGUAAAACGGCGUUUCUCAUCAUGUCGACUUUCGGGCGCAACAGACAAUCAGUAUCAGACAUCGAACAAGAACUCUACGACAUAUUUAACAAACACCCAGAUUCGCGUGAAAUCCAAUCAGGAGAACUAGCGAUACCCGCAGAUGCACUCCCAGAUGUACUCAGUGCCUUCUCGGCCUCGUAUGAUGGCGUCGACCUGCUCGACGAUCGCGAGAUGGGCGAGCUCAAGGAAAUCCUCGCAAGCAGUCCCGGGAUUGAAGUGACACCUCAGAUCUUACUCCAGUUCGUCGCAGAGAGGACGAGGCAUAGUCCGCGAGACAGCCCACACAGCUCGCCUUUGGAAGAAGAUGUAACGCUGCCCGACGAUCGCGGGCGCAAUCCUUUUUCUCGCAGUACCAACCACUCGCGAUCAUCUAGCAGAGGCUCUGUAGGAACCUCACGCGUCCCCAGCCGACCACCGUCUGUGCCACCAAGGACACCUACCACGACAGUUGGCUCUGCCUUUGACACGUCGCGACGACAGCGAACAACCCCUUUGGAUGCACAGCCCCCUUCAAGCUGGUCAAAGCGCCCAGCGCCUGCCAACAGACGGAAAAGUAUUGAUGGCGGGUCUCAACGCGCUCUUAGUGACUCGGAAUCAUCUUUCUCCUCCAGUCCCGGUGCCUUCAGUCGAACGCGCGCGCCGUCAAAUCCAACGAGUCCUUCGGGCAUGUCCAUAGGCCUCUUCUCCUCUUCCUCUAUGGGUUCGCCACCUUUCGCGCGUCCGCACUCCCGUACCCAGUCGCAGCCCUUCACUAGCAUUGGGAUCCACUACUCGUCUCCAGACCGAGAUCACCUCUCUUCGGGAGAGCAUUCACCUGACUUCGACUCAUCCUUUGAAUACCCACAGAAAGGCGACAAUUUUGCGCGCCAAAUCUCCUCGUUGCCCAUGCCACACUCAGCAUCUGACUCGGACUCUGAUGGUGAGAAUGAGUCAUCUUUAGGCUUAGUUAUGGAUCGUUCAGCAACGUCGUCGACCGUGUCCCUCGAGCCCAUGGACCGGCUGGACGCAUUACAGAAGGCCAACGCAGAGCUGGGGCGGAAGCUGAUCGAGGCUGAGAGGACACUUGAGAACAGGCUGAAUGAGCACGACGUAGAUUUGGAUGAGAUGCAGGGGCGCUUGGAAGAACUCAAGAGCGAACUUACCUCUACAAAGCGGGAGGAGAAGGAGCUCAGGACGAAGGAGCGAACCAACUCAACCCAAAUCACGGCGCUGGAGUCCGAAAUCGCAAAGUUGCAGAAAAGUUUGGAGAACGCGCGUUCGUCAUAUCAAAGCUUGCAGAAGCAGUACCAAGAGCAAUGUGCGGAAUCUGAACGCUACCGCAACCAGCUCCGCCGUCGAGACCAAGAAAUCAAAGAUUACCAAGAUGCUGCCGCGCUCCAAUCGCUUGAAGCUGCGAAGUGGACUAAAGAAGCAUCAUCCUACGAAGAUCGCCUUGCACAUCUUGAAGAGGAGCUAGCCAUUGCGCAACAAGCCCACGCCCUGCUCGAUGAACAGAAGCAGGAGAACCUUUUGCUAAAGGAGACCAUCGACCGCAUGCGGUAUGAUAUGGACGAGAUGCGCAAUGCUGCGACGAAUGCGGCUGCGGGAAGCGGGCACUCUAGUGCGGCGAAUACUAUGAGCAAGAGUCUGGGUGCUGAACUCAUGGGAAAGAUGGGCGGAGGCUGGGGUGGCGAGGAUGAUGAAGAUGAAGAUGAGAGUGAUAGUGGCGAAUUGGAACUGGAUGUGGAUGAAGAUACUGAGGAGGAGGAGGACGUCAUUCAAACCAUCAUCACUCGGAAGAAGAGGAAAGUUGGCCGUAUUAACAAAGCCGAGACCGUCACUUUUUCAGAAACCAAAGAAUACACCGAUGCGUCCACGCAACACUACGUUGCAGAGCAUACAUCAGCAUGUGAAAUGCAGACAGAUCCAGAACCAAAGAUUCUUACUUCCUCGUCCUCUAUUCAAACAGAAGAAGUUUCCCGUGGCAUCUUUGCGAUCCAAACCGAUCCAGAAGCCGUAUCCACGCCACGGAUCACAUCAAGCAUUGAAAUCCAAACAGAUGAGCCGGAAUUAGAGGUCUCUCGGUCUGCGUCACCGCAAGUCACCCCGGAAGACGACGAGGCACUCGCGUCUUCAUCGUCGACCGUCCUCCCUCCCACGCCCAAGGGGCACCUAGACCCUCCUCACCUGAACGACGCACCUCCUUCCUACAAUUUCGUGACUGAGCUCGAACAAGUCAAUAAUGCCUUGAUGGACCGACACAAAGGAAUCACCAUCCCAAUACGUGGCAUUCCCGGAGGAAUUUCAGCAGAUGCCGUCGACGAGUGGAAAGCACUGAAGGAGGAACUCGGCGUGGAAUGCGAGAUGAUAGAUGAGCUGAUUGCCUGCUCGACGACUAAGCGUCAGCCGCGUCGCCAGAACCGUUUCUACAAAAUCUACAAUACCUAUGUCAUCGGCAAGGGCGGAAACGAAGGGGGCGAAGAGGGCGAUGCUUGGCUUACUGGGGCUGCUCGGCAGGCGCUCAUCAGCGCUGGGGCUAUGGCGCUCGUAUUCCUUUGCAUGAACUCGCGUCUACCAGCCAUCGGGGCGCAGUAUUCACCCGUUGGUGGCCCAACGGUUUACGACCGCGCUGCAUGGUCGAGCUUCAACAGUAUGCAAGGACCGGGCGAAGGCUUCGGAUAUGAUGGUACUUCUGCGGUAUGGAACAUUAUGGGGCGUGUUGGUUUUGGUGCUGCUAGGAUUGCAGGUGGCUGGCCGACAUAA